AUGAUCGAGACUGGCGCGCCUCCGGCAACAGCGCAAGCCACUUUCCAGGAAGCCAAAUGGCUCGCUUCGCAUUUGAACAAGAACGACCUCUCACAGACUCCUCCAUUCUCAUUUCGUAACAUGGGAACUUUGGCCUACAUCGGAAGUGAAAAAGCAUUGAUGCAGAUCCCACACGACAUGCACGAUGUGAACAAGCGCAAAAGCUAUCUUCCCGAGGGAAUUACCGGACGGAUGGCUCGGCUGGUUUGGAACGCGGCAUACAUCACGAUGAGCAUCAGCUGGCACUGUGUAUUUAGGCGUUUGGUGUCGGCGGAGUGGAUUGGCGUACAAUAUAUUCGAGAUGAGCAUUUGAUCAAAUACAGCCUUAUCGGCAGUGCCGCCUGGGCCGAGGUUUCUUCCUCCGCAUUUCUCCCCGCACCCGCCGUAUUUCAGAGUUGCAUUCCCGCAACCCGCAACUUCCCUUCGUCAGGCAUCAUGGCAUCUUCGCAGCCCCAAUACGUGGCCAUUGCCGAACGCAAGCAAGCCGAGCUGGCUGCUGCCAUCCCGGCGGAAUGGCAACUACCCGCACAUCUCAUUCCUGCGGGGAUGCUUUCACCUGCAGAGUCGAUCACCGAGGGGCCAAAGCAAUAUGGUCGCGUCAAUGUGAUGAAUAUCCCUCGCACUUGUGGCAUUCUCACAGCCAAGGAGCUGGAAAUUACCGAGAACUAUGAUGUGCGAGGCUUGGUGUCUGCCAUGACCGAGAGGAAGUUGAAGGCGGAAGAUGUGACCCGAGCUUUCUGCAAGAGAGCAGCCGUUUCCCAUCAGCUUACACGCUGCCUGACAGAACCCCUAUUCGAUCGUGCUCUGCGCCGCGCACAAGAACUGGACUACACCCUUCGGAAAACGGGGCAACCUGUCGGUCCGUUGCAUGGCCUACCCGUGUCAAUGAAGGAUACAUUCAACAUCAAGGGGAUCGACUCUAGCAUUGGGCUUUCGGCAUUGGCGUUCAAGCCAGCUCUGGAAAAUGCCGACCUGGUGAACCUGCUUCAAUCCCUCGGCGCCAUCGUCAUCGCGAAAACGAACAUCCCCCAAACCCUGGCGACCCUUGACAGCUGCAACCACCUGUUCGGUCGGACACUCAACCCACUGAAUCGUCAGUGGACAGCUGGUGGUAGUACUGGCGGAGAGGGCGCGCUGGUCGCGAUGCGCGGGUCGAUGGUCGGCUUCGGCACAGAUAUCGGAGGCAGUAUACGCGUGCCAGCGAUGUGUCAAGGCAUUUAUGGCUUCAAGCCAAGUAACGGUCGCGUUCCUUAUGGCGGACAGGAGAGUGGUCAGUUGCCAGGUAAAGGCCGGAUUUCUUUGCAGCCCGUGGCUGGUCCACUCGCGCGCUCGGUCGCGGAUCUCGGCGCUGUGAUGGGCGAAAUCGUACCGCGCGCCGAACUGUUCGGGGAGGAUGGCAUUCCUGGUUUCUGGCCCGCUCCUUAUGGUCUGUCCUUGGCCACCCCCCGCAACUUUACUAUUGGAAUCUUGAAGACCGAUGGUCUUGUUACGCCUUUGCCCCCGGUCGCUCGUGUUCUGGAUGAAGUCGCCUGUCAUUUGCGUCGCACCCCGGGUGUCGAGGUCGUUGAUAUUCCUCUGCCACCUGCCCUGCCGAAGUGUCAGGGCUUGGCGGGUCGUCUGAUGGGCGUUGAUGAUGGAUCAAGCAUGCUGGAUAAGAUUGAAAACAUGGGAGAAUCACUGAUUCCCUGGCUACAGGGCCGUAUGAAACGCGGAAAGGACUUGAGCAUUGAGCAGCUUGCUCAGCUCCAAGCCCAGCGUGCUGAGAUCGAGAAGGAAAUGCUCAAGAUGUGGACUCUUCAUUCUUCUAACAAAGCCCGUCGCGUCGAUGCCAUUAUUUGCCCUGUUGCGCCGCACCCUGUCCCCCAGAUGGAUCGGUACAAUGCUGUUGGCUACACAUCAACCUUUGUGUUGCUGGAUUACCCUGCCGGUACAGUGCCAGUGCGACCAUUUGUUGAAUCGGACCUCGAGCUUGGUCGGAAUAUGGACGCCCCUGUUCUUGGCAGCUGGGACAAGGCCAACCGUCAGCUGUGGAACGAGAAAACAGUCGAUCGUCGUGUAUACCUGGAUUCGCCGCUCAGUGUUCAGGUAGUUACGCCCAAGCAACACGAUUACCAGCUCUUCCAAGCUAUGGAGAUUGUUGAUCGAGCUGUGCAAGGGAAUAGUGGUUCUGUUAGCGCGAAGCUGUAA